AUGAUGGGGAAACAAUGAUCGGCCCAAUAAUUGCAUCACUAAGUCUCGGGUCGGAUGCAGAGAUGAAAUUCAGGAGAAAAAAAACCAAGAAAUCUUUAAAUAUGCCAUCAGCAUCACCAGAAUCAUCAGCAUCAUUGGAAUCGUUAUUGAAUGAUGAUUUUAAAUUUUCAGAUGUUAAAGGCAGGAAUAACAUGCCUAUUGAUUCCCUAGAGUUUUCUCCUAACACGAGAUCAAACGGACCUCCAUUGAUAUUAACCUUACAUCAUGGAGAUAUAGUUAUCAUGGUUGGUCAUGAGAUUCAAAAAUGUUAUGAACAUAUUGUAGAGCCCAAAGGCUUUAGAAUUGCAUUAACAUUCAGAAAUAUUACUAGUUAUAAUAAAGAACAUGA